AUGGCUCGCUCGCGUUCAGACUGGAGUCUUUGGAAAGGGCUGGUGGUUGUGGGAACUCUGGCAUCCCAGGCCUGGGCAGGCCAGAUCCUCAAAACGGACGGCUUCAGCGACUGCGGCAACGACUCCACCAUCAAGGUGGACAAGGUCGACAUCAGCUACGACAAUGACAACAAGACCGUCAUAUUCGACGUUGCCGGCUCCAGCGCGAAGGAGCAAAAUGUCACGGCCGUUCUCAACGUGACCGCUUACGGAAACCAAGUUUACUCCAACAAAUUCAACCCUUGCGACAAGGGCACAUUCGUCCCGCAGCUAUGCCCCGUACCAGUUGGCAGCUUCUCCGCGCGUGGCAACCAGCAAAUACCAUCUCAAUUCGCCGACAUGGUCCCCGGCAUUGCUUUCCAAGUUCCCGAUAUCGCGGCCCAGGCGACGCUCCAGCUCCUCAGCCUCGAAGGCGGUGAAAGGGUCGCCUGCAUUCAAUCACAGGUGUCCAACGGCAAGACCGCCAACGUUCCGGCGGUGCAGUACGUCGCCGCUGGAGUUGCCGGCGCUGCCUUGCUUGUUACGGGCAUCUCUGCCGUCGGCGCCGCGCUGUCCGGAGGCGGCGCCGCUUCAGGGGCUGGAGCCGGCACAAUCUCGCCCAGCUUCACCGAGGUCGCGGGCUGGUUUCAAGGCAUGGCCAUGAACGGCAUGCUUUCUGUUAACUACCCUCCCAUCUACCGCAGCUUCACCAAGAACUUUGCUUUUUCCACCGGCCUGAUUCCUUGGGCUGGCCUGCAGUCCUCGAUCGACAGCUUCCGCGCCAAGACUGGCGGCAACCUGACAGAGGACAAUGUCGAGUUCCUCAAGAACGCGACCUUGAUCUAUCCCGACGGCUCGACGGUUAGCCCCAACCAGGGCUUCUUCAAGUUCAAGCGAGCCAUGAGCGAACUGGCUACGCUGGUUGUCCGCGAUAUCGAGACUUCGGUCAACAACUCGAGCCCAGGUUCCAGUGAUAGCUCCGCCGAGACGUCUACCAAUUUCCAGCAUACCGUCAAAGGGCUUCAGGCCUACGCCGAGCGCCUCACUGUCCCCAAGUCCGAUGUCUUCAUGACCGCCCUUCUUGUCGUUGCCAUCGUGAUUGCCGCCAUCGCGGUAGGCAUUCUGCUAGUCAAGGUCAUCCUGGAGUUCUGGGCCCUAUUUGGCAGCUUUCCGCAAUCACUUACCGGCUUCCGCAAACACUACUGGGGCUCCAUUGCUCGCACCAUCACGUCGCUUAUUCUUAUCCUAUACGGCAUCUGGGUGCUGUACUGCAUAUUCCAGUUCACACACGGCGACUCAUGGGCCGCCAAGACCCUCGCCGGCGUCACGCUGGCAAUCUUCACCGGUAUCCUGGCCUUCUUUUCGUGGAAGAUUUGGAUUGUCGCCAGCAAGCUCAAGGAAGCAGAAGGCGACGCCAGCGGGCUGUACGAGGACAAGAAGAUCUGGGUCAAGUACUCGCUCUUCUACGAGUCUUACAAGAAGAACUAUUGGUGGGUAUUUGUGCCAGCCAUCGUCUACAUGUUCGCCAAAGGCUGUGCGCUGGCCGUGGCGGACGGCAGCGGCAUGGCUCAGACCAUAGCGCAGCUGGUCAUUGAGGGGUUCAUGCUCAUCAUGCUGUUGUGGAGCCGUCCCUACGAGCGAAAGUCUGGCAACGUCAUUAACAUUGUCAUUGCGGUCGUUCGCGUCCUGUCUGUAGCAUGCAUUCUCAUCUUUGUCGAGGAGUUUGGAAUCCGGCAGACCACGCAGACUGUUGCAGGUGUGGCCUUGAUUGCUGUUCAGUCGGCGCUCACCGGCGUCCUGGCAAUCCUCAUCGCGUGGAACGCCAUCAAUGCUUGCUGCAAAGCGAACCCGCACCGCAAGCGUAGAAAGGAGAUGGAGGCCAUCCAGCGCGACAUGGACAACCUCACUCCCCUCGACGCGCGCAACUCGCUGCUCCUCGACCGAGCCAAGCCCGGGACGCAAGGGACCAUGUUUUCGGUCACGGCUGGCAGCGACUUGAAGGAGAAGUCGUCGUUUGGAAGCGGCGACCCGGAGCGCUUCUAUCCCCUACGGGACGGACUGCGACCGCCCCCGGCACCGUCGGGCGGGGCCCUGUACCGACCCCUGACGCCGACGAGGCCGCAGGACACGCAGACGCAGACGCUCCUCGAUAGUGCCGCGCCGAUAGCCAUCGGGGGGCAGCAGCCGCUGCUGCCGACAGUAGAGAGGGAGUACAAGGGCGUCUACGGCAGGACAUACGAUAAUGGGUACGGGUACGGGAACGGUGGAUACAGAGGGUAA